AUGAAGGUCGUACCAUACGUUGAUAAUGCUGAUAAAUGGCACAAAAUCAUCAGAGCAGCUAGAAUGAAUAAUAUCACGACACAGGUUGGGUUUGGAAAACAUAGAACUGGUUAUAUUCCAGUUAACGCGAUAAAGCAACCUGUUCACAUGAUAUCACCUUUACAAGCUGUUGUCGAUCGUGCAAAGUCCCAGAUGAAACAACAAAAAGAAGAAUCACGUGACCAGGAUCUCGGAUCUUAUAAAUUGAAGCGCAUCACCUCGCCGAUGUCAGUCAAGAGGUCGAAACCUAAAAAGAAAGUACCGAAAACUAGUUCCAAGAGAAACAACAAGAAGCCGAAACGUAGAUUAGGGCAGUCGACGUCACCAAAGUCAGCAUGGAAUUCAAAUUAG